UUGCCCUUCUUCUCCAUUAUUGUUGUAAAUAAUGAGCUUUUUACGUCGCACUCUUCCUUUUUUUACGACUCGUUCCGUCUUGCCUCGAUGCUCCAAACGGCAGUACAGCUUAAAGUACGCUACGCCUAGUAUUUCUGGAGCACCCACAUCGCUUCAUGCCUUUACUGAAGAGGAACUGAUGCUCAAAGAGACAGUGAAUCGAUUCGCGCAGGACGUGAUUCAGCCUCGGGUGCAAGCUAUGGAUGAGAAUGAGAAAAUGGACAUGGACAUUAUCGACAAAAUGUUUGAGCAAGGACUGAUGGGUCUGGAGACGGAAGCCGACCUGGGAGGCGCCGAAUGUUCUUUUACAGCCACUGUGCUGGCCAUUGAAGUUGACCCAGCUGUGAGCGCUUUGUGUGAUAUCCAUAAUACCGUAACCAACACGGUGAUCCGCAAAAAUGGGUCAAGGGAACUCAAAGAACGAUAUUUGCCACGAUUGGCUUCCGAUACGGUUGGCAGUUUCUGUAUUUCUGAAGCGGGGGCUGGUAGCGACGCUUUCGCUCUAAAGACACGAGCAGAAGAUAAAGGAGAUCAUUAUGUGCUGAACGGUAGCAAGAUGUGGAUCAGCAAUUCGGCCGAAGCAGAAAUCUUUGUUGUUUUUGCCAAUGUUGAUCCUUCCAAAGGAUACAAAGGGAUCACGGCUUUUGUGGUCGAGAAGGAUUGGGGUGUCGAAGUGGCUAAAAAGGAAAAGAAACUUGGUAUUCGGUCUUCGUCGACCUGUGUGUUGAACUUUGAUAACGUCAAAGUGCCAAAGGAGAAUGUGUUGGGCCAAGUCGGUCACGGUUACAAGUAUGCGAUUGAUUCUCUCAACGAAGGCCGUAUUGGUAUUGCCGCGCAAAUGAUCGGUUUAGCUCAAGGCGCAUAUGAUCUUGCGUUGCCAUACAUGAUGGAAAGAAAACAGUUUGGUCAACGCAUUGGCGAUUUUCAAGCAAUGCAAUUCCAAUACGCACAAGUGGCUGUUCAAAUUGAAGCGGCGCGAUUGUUAACCUACAAUGCGGCGCGACUCAAGGAAGAAAAGCAACCUUUUGUGAUGGAAGCGGCCAUGGCCAAGUACUACGCUUCCAAAGUGGCCGAGGAAGCUGCCAGUUAUGCUGUAGAAUGGAUGGGCGGUAAUGGAUUUGUGCGCGAAACAGGCGUCGAGAAAUUCUAUCGCGAUGCCAAAAUUGGCGCCAUCUACGAAGGCACCAGCAACAUUCAACUGCAAACCAUUGCUAAAAUUGUCGCCCAAAAAUACCAAUAGUUACUCCACCACUCCAAUAGAAUAAACGAGAGAACCAUAUUACAGCACAGACAUAUGUCCUUUAUAAUACACGAUUUUUGUUUUCUUUCUUCUUUUUACACGAUUUGAAGCGGAUCUUUAUCAAGUUUGCUGACAAUGAUUUCGAUGGCUUCACCUUCCUCGGAGCUUUCAUUGGCUAAAGCCUUUUGCAAUGCUGGUUGCAGGACGGCCGACAGAUAACCACGCUCCGUGUUUGAGUGUUCGCCUAGGA